GGUAGCCAGAUCGGAAGCGUAGCGGCCGGGACACAACCCCAGCACCCGUGAUGUGAGAGGCCUGUAUUGCAAGAGACGGCUUAACCACCUAUAGUGCCUGCACCAGCUUCCUGGGCGGAAGUCGAGGAGGCCCCGUUGAUUGCCUGCAGGUGGCCCGUGACAAGGACCGGCCUGCACCAUGAACUUGUGGAUCCUAAGCUGCCUGCUGGCCACCUUCGUGGGCGCCUGGGUCCCGGCUGUCCAUGCCCAAGGCAUCUCCGAGGACUGCUGCCUGGCGUACCAGCGCCACCUCAAGUGGGCUGUGCUCCGGCACGCCCGGUGCUACCAGCUCCAGGAAGUGAGCGGAAGCUGCAACCUGCGUGCCGUACGGUUCUGUCUGAAACAGAGGGUCGUGUGUGCGGACCCGCGUGAGAAGGCGGUGCAGAGGACCGUGCAGUACCUCAGGGCCCAGAACAAGUUAUGUCUGUCCUCUCAGGUCUCUACAUCAGGCCAUUGUCUUGGAAGGAGGAAGGGGACAUUGAAGUCCCGGCCAACGGCCUCCAAGGUGAACAAUUCCACCAGCAGGCGUGCCACCUAA